UAUGUACAUCUAAGCGUCCCAAAAUGUUUCCAACCGCUCGAAUUUUGAAGGCACAGUUUUCCAAACGCUCUUUAGGUACUUCUCUUCUCUCUCUGAACCUUAAAAUUUUUGCAGCAAACAUGGUUUAAAUUCGCAAAACACAAAGAAGCCAUUAAUCAAUGGCUGUUCUUUAUACUGAAUUUUUUCCACACUGUUACUCUCUAAACAUUCACUCAAAAGCCUCUCCAUUUCCUUGUCAUCAUCAAAAGUCGAUUAUUCUUAGCUGCAAAAACCCUACCACAAAUGACCGCAUCUCUAGUAAGAUAAGAGUUUCAGCUGAAACAAGAUCACUUCAUUUUCAGUCACUUGAUUUUCAAGAAACCCAUUUCAUUAAACUCCUCAAUAGGUCCUGUAAAGCAGGAAAAUAUAGCGAAACACUUUAUUUUCUGGAAUGUAUGGUGAAUAAGGGUUAUAAACCAGAUGUUAUUCUCUGUACAAAACUUAUUAAAGGGUUUUUAAAUGCUAGAAAUGUUGCGAAAGCCGUCAGGGUCAUGGCGAUAUUAGAGUCACAUGGUGAACCAGAUGUUUUUGCUUAUAAUGCAUUGAUCAGUGGAUUUUGUAAAAUGAAUCAAAUAGAAUCUGCAAAUAAAGUAUUACAUCGAAUGCGAAACCGAGGUUGCUUACCGGAUAUAGUUACUUAUAAUAUACUUAUAGGGAGUCUUUGUAGUAGAGGGAAGUUGGAACUAGCAAGGGAGGUUUUCAGUCAGUUGGCGCUGUAUGAUUGUCAUCCUACUGUGAUUACUUAUACAAUUCUUAUUGAUGCUAUAAUUGUACAAGGGGGCAUUGAUGAAGCAAUGAAGCUUUUAAAACAAAUGUUAUCGGAAGAGCUUCAACCUGAUAUGUAUACUUACAAUGCUGUUGUUAGAGGAAUGUGCAAAGAGGGGAUGGUAGAUCAAGCUUUUGACUUCAUAAUGAAUUUGGCUGAGCUAGGCUGUGAACCAGAUGAAAUCUCGUAUAAUAUCUUGUUACGAGCAUUUUUGAGUCGAGGGAGAUGGAUUGAUGGAGAGAGAUUAAUCGAGAAAAUGAUCUCGAGGAGCUGUGAACCGAAUGUAGUCACUUAUAGUAUUUUGAUUAGUUCAUUAUGUCAUGAUGGCAAAAUGAAAGAUGCUAUCGCUGUACUGAAGACCAUGAUGGCCAAGGGGUUAACUCCAGAUGCUUAUAGUUUUGACCCAGUAAUCUCUGCGUUGUGCAAAGAUGGGAGAUUGGAUUUAGCAAUUGAGUUCUUGGAUUUUAUGAUCUCUAAUGGUUGUUCUCCUGAUAUUGUAAAUUAUAACACAAUCUUAGCAGCUCUCUGCAAGAGUGGACAGGCCGAAGAGGCUCUUGAAAUCUUUGAGAAGCUGAGCCAAACAGAUUCCCCUCCGAAUGUGAGUUCAUAUAACACAAUGAUAAGCGGGUUAUGGAACAGUGGUGACCCUAAAAGAGCUUUAAACAUGGUCUCAGAAAUGGUAGAUAAAGGCAUAGACGCUGAUCAAAUAACAUAUAAUUCUCUAAUUUCAUGUUUGUGUAGGGAUGCAAUGGUGGAAGAAGCGACCGAGUUGUUGGUAGAUAUGCAGAAUAACGGGUUUAAGCCGACAAUUAUUAGUUACAACACUAUGUUACUAGGCUUGUGUAAGAUACAUAACAUUGAUACGGCUAUCGAUAUACUCGCAGUGAUGGUGGAAAAUGGGGUUCGACCAAACGAAACUUCUUAUAUUUUGCUUAUUGAAGGUAUGGCUUAUUCUGGAUGGAGAGCUGAAGCUAUGGAGUUGGCAAAUUCACUUGUUUCUAUAGGUGUUGUUUCUAAGGAUUUCUUCAAAAGAUUGAACAGGACAUUUCCUAUGAUUAAUGUAUACAAAAAUCUCUCUAAUUCAGACAUCGAGAAAUAGUUAUUUUUGGUGGCUGUACUUUUUCAGAUCAUGGAUUAUUUUUAAUGUGUUCUCACCAUAUGACCAAAAUGGGGU